CCUAGCUAGUCUUCUACAACUGUACAACUACAAUAUUGCUUUAUUGCAAUUUUUUUUUGUUUCAUGUUUGCAAAAUUAAUGUAAAUGAAGUUUAAACGAAAAAACAUAUUACAAAGUCUUAUAAAUGGGGAAAAGAGUUUUUGUACUUUGUGCUUUUCUAGCAUUGAGGACUUGGAAAGUUAUUUGAUUGUUACCGACAUAGUUAUUCUAAAAAGUGAAUAUGAGAAAAGUAUUGUGGAUAUUUUAAACUUUGUACUUGCUCCAGGCAUUGCUACAGAUUUCCUAACUAGCUACAUAUGCAUGCCAUGUUUUAAAUCAGCAUUAUCAAGCUAUUUAUUCAUAAAAACGGCCAAAGAAAAUAGUGAAUACCUCAGUAAAACCAUAAAAAAUGUAACAAAUAUCCUGAAAAGCAAUUUAGAGGAGAAUUUAGAAUUUUGUAAGACAGUAUAUUUGUUAAGUGAAGACUCCAAGUUUUCAAGUUGUUAUGAUACUCAAUGUGAAAUUGAUUCUAUUGAAACUGCAAAGCUGAGGUUAGACACUAUCUUAUUGGAGGAAAAUAAUGAAGAAAAUGUAAUUUCUAUUGAUAUAGAGUUUGAACAACAAGAAAAUGAACAGCUACAAUAUAGAGAAGAAGAAAAUGAACAAGACAAAGAUGAACUACGACAUAGAGAAGAAGUAAAUGAACAAGACAAAGAUGAACUCCUACAACAUAGAGAAGAAGAAAAUGAACAGCUACAACACAUAAAAGACAAAGAUGAACAGCUACAACAUAGAGAAGAAGAAAAUGAACAGCUACAAUACAGAGAAGAAGAAAAUGAACAGCUACAACACAUAAAAGAGGAAGAUGAAUUGCUACAACAUAGAGAAAAAGAUAAUGAACAGCUACAAUACAGAGAAAAAGAAAAUGAACAGCUACAAUACAGAGAAAAAGAAAAUGAACAGCCACAAUGUAGAAAUGAACAAAAUGAACAGCUACAAUAUAGAGAUGGACAAAAUGAACAGCUACAAUGUAGAGCAGAAAAAAAACAGCUACAACAUAGAAAGGCAAAUACUAAACAUAGUGAUUUAGAAAAUAUGUUUGAAAGAGGUGGGAAAAGGGUACAGUGUAAACUUUGUAAGGUUUUCACUAGCAUAAAUUAUUUCAGAAGUCAUUAUUACAGACAGCAUGCUCCAAAAACUAUUAAAUGUCCAAAGUGUCCUAAACUGUUUGGAUCAACAAGUAUACUAAAUAAACAUAGAUAUGAAAACCACACUGAAGCAAUAUGCACUGAAUGUGGUAAAGCGUUUAACAACUAUCGUUAUCUAAGAAAGCAUAAACAAAGUCACCAAAUUAGUUUCCCUUGUGAGAAAUGCAAGUAUGUGUAUAAAAGCAAAGAAACGUAUGACCGACACCUAAAGUUUCAAAUAUGUGGCCAAAAACAGAAAAAGACUCAAGCCUUAUUCACUUUCGCAGAUACCAUAUUCACUUGUGAUAUUUGUAAUAAAAACUAUUGUCAUAAGAAUUCCCUAAAAAGACAUAUAGGGCUGAUGCAUGGAGAUGGCAAGGCCUAUGUGUGUGGGUGGUGUGACAAAAAAUAUAGUACUCAAAGUCACUUGAAUGCACACACAGUAAUACACACAGAACACAAAAAAUUCUCUUGCACAACAUGUAAUAGUAAAUUCAGUACAAAAAGGAGUCUUACUGUCCACACUAACCCUUAUAAAUGUGCUGAUUGUGAUGCUAGCUUUUUUUGUUCAACACAGAGAUCUAUGCAUGUUCAGCAUUACCACAGACAAUUGCAGCAAAAUUUGCAGUUUGAAUGUGAUUUAUGUUUUGGUAAAUUUAAAUAUAAAAGGGGCUUGGUGAAGCAUAAAAAAACUGUGAAGUGUAGCUAGGAAGUUUCAAGC